CCUCGUUCCUGGUUGUUCGUUCUUGUUUUUGUCGAACUUGUGGAUUCUGUGUGCAUUUGUAUCUUAUUAGAAUUCGUUGAAAAUGAAGGCUUACUGGUACGAUAACAAGCCGGGCGACCAGCGCGAACCCCAUGACGACGGUCGUCCCGUCGACGAAGCCUACCUCGCGUCCCUGGGUGUUUUCUACAAGUACUGCCCGAAAAUUGAGGACGUCGAUGCCCUGGCCGCCGAGCGCGGAUACAAGAACCGCGAUGAGGUCACCGUGUCCCCCAAGACCAUGGGCGAUGUGUACGAGGAGAAGGUGAAGAUGUUCUUCCAUGAGCAUCUCCACGAGGACGAGGAAAUCCGCUAUAUCCGGGACGGUGAGGGAUACUUUGACGUCCGUGGCAAGGAGGAUGAGUGGGUCCGCAUCAAGUUGGUGAAGGAUGAUUUGAUCAUCCUCCCCGCGGGUAUCUAUCAUCGCUUUACGACGGACGAGAAGAACUACGUCAAGGCUAUGCGUCUCUUCCAGGAGGAACCCAAGUGGACUCCCUUGAACCGCAGCAACGAUCUCGAUGAGAACCCGCACCGUGUGUCGUACCUCGGUAGUCUGGGCAAGGCUGCUGUUGCUGCUGUUUAAAAUGAGUUUGGGGGUGGCAAUGUGUAAAGCUUGAUGUGACGACUAUGUUAUAUACCAUGGCAAUGAAAUUUUAUGAC